GCUGCUGCUCUCUAGCCUUGACUCAACUGGCGCGGCUCCGUGAAAACCCGUUUCUUUGCCAAAAACUCGCAGAGCUCUUGUCAGACUCGCACUGUCUGACAAACCAGACCUUCCUAUACCGUUCCACCCCUUGCAAACGACGGAGAAACGACUUCGGAAAAGAAGCUCAGGACAAAACAUAAUCGGUUCGGUCUUCCACCAACCAACACGUCGGUAGGAGGAGUCAACAGAUGCCUAAGUCCCUUUCAUGGCAGACCGUUGGUUUGGAGGCCAAUAGCAGCCUGACACGGCUGUUUCUCCAGGGUUUCGUCACGGUGCAAGGAGGAAGAUUGCCAGUCUGCCACAGGUGCGUUACCGAGACUGAAAGUGAAUCACCACGGCGAUAGGGGUUGACCAGGGGCAAGCCAUGUUACGGUGACAACUAGAACCAGCCAUCAUCAUAACAAUCCUCCUCCUCCUCCCUGUCGUGUUGUUGUAUGAGCUCUGCUGAGUCACUGAAGAGAGAAAAGCUGUCAUCAUCCAAUCCUCCCAAGGCUGAGAAGUCUAUCCAAUCCUGAACAAGGGUUCCAUUGGUGCCAGAUGAUUCUGCCUAGCGACCUCCCUUAGUAUUAUGUAAUUGCUGUUUCAUUCAAGGUAUAAAGCUUAGAGAGAGGUAGAGUAGGCCACUAUCUCACAUCAAGGCAGAGGACCAGCCUUUGGAAGAAAAUAGCCUAUAUGUCCUUGGAUUCAAAGUUUCUCUGAAGCAUCCAACUGGAACGUCAACGGAACCUAACAGCUCCAUUUCACACACCUACACAAAUACACACACACACACAGACACCGUUGUCGUCCGCCGUCAUCCACCGCCACUUGUUAAUUGGAUUACGUCGUAAUCAGAGCGUGAGGUUGGGGAUGUAGACCGCCGUCACCACGGAUACCUACAGGAGACUCUUUGGACUCAGCUCAAGGUCUGCCGAGCAGAACAUGGCGGGCAAGGGUAACCCCUGUCACCCCCUGGGGGGGCCAGGGAGUGCGGGGGGCCCCACUGUCUCUGUGGGGGGCUUCCCCAUGCCCCACUACUCCUACUUCUUCCCCCACAUGCUGGGGGGGCUGUCCCCUCCCACCCUCUCCGGACUGCCCGUCAGUGGAUACAGCACCCCGUCGCCAGCCACCAUAGAGACCCAGAGCACCAGCUCGGAGGAGAUAGUCCCCAGCCCCCCCUCGCCGCCCCCUCCCCCACGAAUCUACAAACCCUGUUUUGUUUGUGCGGACAAGUCCUCGGGAUACCACUAUGGAGUCAGCGCCUGCGAGGGCUGCAAGGGUUUCUUCCGUAGAAGCAUCCAGAAGAACAUGGUGUACACAUGUCACCGAGAGAACGGCUGCAUCAUCAACAAGGUCACCCGCAACCGCUGCCAGUACUGCCGCCUGCAGAAGUGUUUAGAAGUGGGCAUGUCCAAGGAGUCGGUGAGGAACGACAGGAACAAGAAGAAGAAGGAGGAGAAGAAGCCAGAGUGUUCGGAGAUCUACGUGCUGAGUACCGAGACAGAGCAGAUGAUCGAACGCGUCCGCAAGGCCCAUAAGGAGACGUUUCCCUCGCUCUGUCAGCUGGGCAAAUACACCACGAAUAACAGUGCAGAGCACCGCGUGGCUCUAGACGUGAACCUGUGGGAUAAGUUCAGUGAGCUGUCCACUAAGUGUAUCAUCAAGACGGUGGAGUUUGCCAAACAUCUGCCAGGCUUCACCACCCUCACUAUCGCUGACCAGAUCACCCUGCUCAAGGCUGCCUGUCUGGACAUACUGAUUCUGAGGAUAUGCACACGGUACACUCCAGACCAGGACACCAUGACCUUCUCAGACGGGCUGACCCUGAACAGGACCCAGAUGCACAACGCAGGCUUCGGCCCGCUCACAGACCUGGUGUUCGCCUUCGCCCAAACACUCCUCCCUCUGGAGAUGGACGACGCAGAGACCGGCCUUCUCAGCGGCAUCUGUCUGCUUUGUGGAGACCGUCAGGAUCUGGAGCAGGCAGACAAGGUGGAUGUUCUCCAGGAGCCCCUACUGGAGGCUCUGAAGAUCUACGUGAGGAAGAGGAGGCCUCAUAAACCACACAUGUUCCCCAAGAUGCUGAUGAAGAUCACUGACCUCAGGAGCAUCAGCGCCAAGGGAGCGGAGCGAGUGAUCACUCUGAAGAUGGAGAUCCCAGGCUCCAUGCCCCCACUCAUCCAGGAGAUGCUGGAGAACUCAGAGGGUCUGGAGGGCCAGGGGGCCAGCGGGGGCCGCUCCAGCGGAGGAGGGGCCCCACCAGGCAGCUGCAGCCCCAGCCUGUCCCCCAGCUCAGCCCGCAGCAGCCCGCCUGCACCCUCCCCUUAGACGGGGGUCCACUGCCACCCCCCAGGCAGAGACAGCCAGAAGGCAUGACUACAGACGGAGCCAGCAAGCUGACAGACUCCCACACUGU